ACGAGGUUUGACUAUGAUUGGAACAACUUUACUGAACCGGUAAUGAUUCGUUUACAGAACAUCAAUUAAACAACUUUGAAAAUGGAUUCUAUGUUGGACAAAAAGUUGCUCGGGUUUCGACAAAUUGCACAGGAAAAGUUGCAAAACAUUCUUUAUUCGAUACCAUCGGAUAAAGAUCUGAUCAUCGCCCCGGCACUAAUCAAACCACUCGAACAUAUUGUCGGCGCUUCAUGGCUCAGGAAAAAAGGCAUCGACAAAAUAUACAAAUUUGACUCGAAGAGCGCACCGCCGAAGAGAAAGCAGUUCAUUUAUUUCAUUACCUCUGAUCUUCUAACGUUCAAAAUUGCCCUCGAUCAGAUAAGUGGAUAUCAAAGUCAGACAUCGGCCGGUUUGGCAAUGACAGAAACGGACAGAGCGAGCAAACAGUAUCAUAUUAUUAUUUUCCCCAUGGUACUUGCUAGUUUCGAACAACUGCUUGAGGAGGAAGGCCUGUACGGGGAAGUCGAACUGUACAGUUUCCAGUGGGAUUUUAUCGCGCUGGAUCAGGGAUUGUUGAGUCUCGAGCUGUCCAACGUAUUUGCGGAUGUGUUUGUGCGGCAGGAUACAUCGUUGCUAGGCUCGAUUGCACAAAGCUUGAGGAUUUUCAAUAUGGUCAUGGGAAAACCAAAUCUCAUUUUCAGUUUCGGGGGAAAUUCAGAGAAAGUGCUGCAGAUGAUUCAGAAGGUGGAAGCCGAUCGCAAGGUGAAGAGUGGAGAAGAUAAGGAUGUUCCAGAUUUCGGGACUCUUUUAAUUGUAGAUAGAGACCGCGAUUAUCCCUCGUGUUUGCUUACCUCGGUAGUAUACUCCGGAUUGCUUUUGGAAAUCCACAAAUUCAACUCCGGCUCGUUAACGAUAGAUUCCACCACAAAUAAAAUAAAGCAGGGCAAAGUGGCAAUACUGCAGAUCGAAGAUGAAAAGAAAGCUAAACAAGAAACAACAAACUUGAAAAUGAAUGGUUUACAGGAUUUGGUGUACCAGGAAAAUCGAUAUCGACAUUUUUCGGAAGUAAUAGGCACAUUGAGCGCCCAAGCAAAAGCACUCGGACUGGAGGGGAAAAUGUACUCGAAAGACAUGAAAUUGUCUGAAAUGAAGGAUUAUGUCACCAAUAAACUGCCAAAGGUGGCAGCUCAGAAGAAGGAACUUUUCAAACAUUUGCUCCUCUGCGAAACAAUCGUGGAAGAGGUUGGCACAAACUUCGAAAAACUACAGCUGAUCGAAGAAAGUAUUCUAACCAACACCAACCGCAAACAAAUUAUGGCUUAUAUCGAGGAACUUCUGGCAGCAGAUGCACAUAAAUACAACACACUUCGACUCAUCUGUCUCUACCACGUAACAAUUGGUCUGAGCAGCGAAGAUAUGACCAAACUAAUGACUUCCUAUUUGAACGCAUACGGAUACCGCCACCUUACCGUUUUUAACAAUUUGUGCCAGGCAAAAUUAUUCCCGGACACAACAAACCUAACCAAAGCGAAAAUUCUUUCUCAAAUUUCAAUCCCCAUACUAAAAUCACAGUUUCAAAUUGAGGCGAAUAAGCUGAAACUGCUUCCGACGGAGAUCAAUGAAUCAAAUCAGUCUACAGUUUCCUCCGGUAACUCUGCCGCUUCUACAAGUUCAGGAAAGAAACAAUGCCCCAGCUAUGUUUUCAACGGUAACUACAUUCCUCUUUGCGCCCAGCUCUGCCAGCUGAUAGCGAAUGUGUCCAGUUUCGACGAUCUGAACAAUCGCUUUGGCCAUCUCGAACGCUUGAAGCUAGCCGGAAGAAACUUCGGUUCCAAAACGAUACGUGAGCUGUCGAUAACGAACGCGAAGAACGAUGUGAACCGACUGCUGCCGCUGAAGGUGAAAACGUUGUUCGUGUUUGUGAUUGGUGGAGUGAGUUAUGCGGAGGUGGCCGCUUGCCAACUGGUGGAACAACUCACGGGAGCGAAGAUUGUGCUUGCCUCCGAUUCGGUUGUCUCCGGGUGUGAUAUGAUAGAGGCUGUUGUUGGCUGCUAAGCUUCGAAGCUAGAUUUAUUUCAAUAAUGCAACAUUAAUGAAAUAUUUGACCGUAUAGAUGGAUGUUAUCAUUGAUAAAAUGAAAAUAAACUGAAAAUUGUUAUAUUGCUGAAAUUCAACGUAAGGUAAUUCAGGGGGUCUUCGUAGCCACUUGGUUACGCGUUCGCUUACUAAGCGAUCGAUCGUGAGUUCAAACUCAGGGCCCUCAAUUGACCAUCUUUGUGUUGUUAUAGAAUAACUACGUCCACGCAACCAUCAUCAGCUAUGGAGAUCGAUCCACGGUGGAACAAAGAUCGAUUCAACCAUACAACUGCUCUACUCUGCAAGAAACAUCGGGCUGCUGUUCUAUAAAUAACUCAACAAUGAUCAAUAUCAACUGUCUCCGCUGUCCGGUCUGCUGAACAAUGGAAGAACAGAUAGAAUACCCUUACGCCUAAAUGGCUACUACAGUGUAAUUUACCAUAAUGUAAUGGAACAGAAAACCUAACGCCUAAAUGGCUACUACUUCUACUGUGUAAUUUACAAUUUAUAGAAACAUAAACAUAUGUACAUGUACACGAUAAAAACUCGGCUCUGUUAUAGAUAAAAUGCUAAUGAGCCUGAUAAAUAAAUAAAUGGGAUAAAAUUAUUUAAAAAAAAAAA